AUGUUCUCUGGAUUUAAUACAUUUAGUACAGGAUUUGCUAAUAUCCCACAGAAAUUUGAAUCAUUAUUCAGAUGUUACCCAAUUGCUAUGAUGAACGACCAAAUUCGUAAAGACGAUGCUAAUUAUGGUGGAAAAAUAUUCUUACCACCAAGUGCUUUACAUAAAUUAACAAUGCUUAAUAUCAGAUAUCCAAUGCUAUUUGAAUUAACUGCAAAUGAUUCAAAAAAAGUUACACAUGGUGGUGUUUUAGAAUUUAUUGCUGAAGAAGGCAGAGUUUAUUUACCACAAUGGAUGAUGGAAACGCUACAGAUACAACCUGGCUCUUUAUUAAAAGUAGCAAGUAUUGAUGUUCCAUUGGGGAAUUUUGUUAAAAUAGAGCCACAAUCAGUAGAUUUUCUAGAUAUUUCUGACCCAAAGGCCGUUCUAGAAAAUGUUCUUCGUAGUUUCUCUACUUUAACAAUUAAUGACAUCAUUGAAAUCAGUUAUAAUAACAAAAUAUAUAGAAUUAAAAUAUUAGAGGUUAAGCCAGAGUCAUCAUCUAAUAGUAUUUGUGUUAUUGAAACGGAUUUAAUUACAGAUUUUGCUCCUCCCGUAGGUUAUGUAGAACCUGAUUAUAAAGCCUUAAAAGAACAACAACUACAAGAAAAGAAAGCUCAAAGUAUUGACCCAGCAAAUCAAAGCUCAGGUACAAUGUCGCAAAGAAUAAAUUAUAAAAGUAUUUUAAAUGAAUUACCCGAAAGUACAUUUGUAGGACAGGGUUCAAAACUAUCUGGGUCUGUUACAAAAAAAAUAAAGAAAGUUAAUAACAUUAAGGAUGUAAAGGUUUCGUUAAAUGGCGAACCCAUGAAAUUAGACUUACCAGAUGGACAAUUAUUUUUUGGUUACCCAAUAGUUUUACCAAAAAAUGAAAAUUCUAAUGAUGAUGAUGAUGCAAAACAUACAAAUCUAUAUAAAGGUAGUGGCCAAUCGUUAAGGAAAAGUAAUAAAAGAAAAAAUAAAAAUAAUGACGAUAAAAAUUCAAGUUCAAAAAACUCAAAAAGCCCAGAAAUUAUUGAAAUUGAUUGA